ACAUUUCCUUUAAUUUAACACACUUGAAAAUACAGUUUUGAGUUUGACGAAUUAUGGCUCAAGCUAUGGCUUCAAUGGCUGGCUUACGCGGCUCUUCCCAGGCGGUCCUCGAAGGCAGCCUUCAAUCCAACCGCACCACCACCAGGACCGCCGCCGCCGCCAGAACCGGAUUCAGCAUCCGCGCUCAGCAAGCCGAAACCGAGACUAGCCGCCGCGCCAUGUUGGGUCUCGUUGCCACUGGGAUUGUCUCCGGCUCCUUCGUUCAAGCCGUGCUAGCCGAAGCCGCCAAGCCCAUCAAGAUCGGCCCACCACCACCUCCCUCCGGUGGCCUGCCUGGAACAUUGAACUCGGACCAAGCAAGAGAUUUUGAUUUGCCAUUUUUGAAUAACCAAAUUGAAAAAAGGGGGAAAUUUCAUUAG